GUGUUUCAGUCUGAAGCCGUUGGCUGCUACGGAACCGCUUGGCUCUUUUCUCUACUAGCGAGCGAGCCCAUAUUCUAUACCCCACUGUAAAUCCAGCUAAAUUUAUGUGGAUUUAUGCCCACCUAUACCCGUCAAUCUAAAACACGUCGAUCACUGGGAAUUUUAAUCAUCGCCUGGUCGGGUCCGAAGGCCGUUAUAACGCGUUUUUGGAGGUUUAAACAGAGCUCGAAAAGCGCGGUGGUGGAGGAGGAGAUUCCACAUUAGGAGCACAGAGGAGCAGGCAACCCUCCCCCUUCUUGUGUGGUUUGGAUCUUUAGGUUGUGAGCCCAUGGUAUACAACUCUGACUGAACAUAAAGGUGGUGCAUACAGACCUACUGCUGUGGUUAGGUGUGUGUGUGCUGGCCUCAUGGUGUAACGGGAUUAAAGAUGAGCAUUAGCAGUGAUGAGGUCAACUUUCUGGUCUACAGAUAUCUACAGGAGUCAGGGUUCUCCCACUCAGCGUUCACUUUUGGUAUAGAGAGCCACAUCAGUCAGUCCAACAUAAACGGUGCUCUGGUCCCCCCUGCUGCCCUCAUCAGCAUCAUUCAGAAGGGUCUACAGUAUGUGGAAGCUGAAGUCAGCAUCAACGAGGACGGCACGUUAUUUGACGGACGGCCUAUCGAGUCUCUGUCGCUCAUCGAUGCGGUGAUGCCAGAUGUCGUCCAGACGAGGCAGCAGGCUUAUCGGGACAAAAUGGCCCAGCAGCAGGCUGCAGCUUCAGCACCAGCAUCAGCAGCUGGAGGCAGCAUCACAGGGAACGCAAAGAACGGAGAGAAUACUGCCAACGGGGAGGAGAAUGGAGCUCAUGCCUUAGCAAACAACCAUGCAGACCUGAUGGAGGUGGAUGGAGAUGUAGAGAUUCCUCAGAACAAGGCCAUAGUUCUGAGGGGUCAUGAGUCGGAAGUCUUUAUCUGUGCCUGGAAUCCAGUAAGCGAUCUGCUGGCAUCAGGCUCUGGCGAUUCAACAGCUCGGAUCUGGAACCUGACUGAGAACAGCACAACCAGCUCCACACAGCUGGUGCUGAGGCACUGCAUACGAGAGGGAGGACAGGACGUCCCCAGCAACAAAGACGUCACCUCACUGGACUGGAAUAGCGAGGGCACCCUGUUAGCUACGGGCUCCUAUGACGGCUUUGCCAGAAUAUGGACAAAAGACGGAAACUUAGCCAGCACUCUAGGUCAACACAAAGGUCCCAUUUUUGCUCUGAAAUGGAAUAAAAAGGGCAACUUUAUCCUGAGUGCAGGAGUAGACAAGACAACAAUCAUAUGGGAUGCUCACACAGGAGAAGCCAAACAGCAGUUUCCGUUCCAUUCAGCUCCAGCGCUGGAUGUGGACUGGCAGAGCAACAACACAUUUGCUUCCUGUAGUACAGACAUGUGCAUCCAUGUCUGUAAACUGGGACAGGACCGACCCAUUAAGACAUUCCAGGGACACACAAACGAAGUAAAUGCAAUCAAGUGGGACCCUACGGGGAACCUGCUGGCCUCCUGCUCAGACGACAUGACGUUAAAGAUCUGGAGUAUGAAACAGGACUCGUGCGUCCAUGACCUGCAGGCACACAGCAAAGAAAUCUACACCAUCAAAUGGAGUCCCACUGGCCCGGGAACCAACAACCCCAGUGCUAACCUCAUGCUGGCCAGUGCGUCGUUUGACUCCACGGUUCGUCUCUGGGACGUGGAUCGAGGCAUCUGUAUCCACACGCUAACCAAACAUCAGGAGCCGGUGUACAGCGUGGCGUUCAGCCCCGACGGGCGGCAUCUGGCUAGCGGCUCCUUCGAUAAAUGUGUGCACAUCUGGAAUACACAGACAGGAGCUUUAGUCCACAGCUACAGAGGGACGGGGGGGAUCUUUGAGGUCUGCUGGAACGCAGCCGGAGACAAAGUGGGAGCCAGCGCAUCAGAUGGAUCUGUUUGUGUAUUAGACCUGCGGAAAUAGUGCUGCUGUUCGUUGGAAGCCAUGGACCGACCAUGAAUGUGUACAUAGCCAAAAGACCCUGCCUGCCCUGCGUACUGCUCACUCUUACGAUUACGGCACCGCCCACUGACUAACAGGAAGCAGGAAACGGGAACAGGAAGCAGGAAGCAAGUACCCAGCACAGCAGGUCCAGACUUGGGGAUAAACAGAUGGAUGGACAGAUGUGUGGAUGGAGGCGCCCCUCUCUGUCUGUGCAGACUCUCAGAGAGACGCAGAUGGGACGCCGCAAAAAAAAAAAAAAGACAAAAAAAGUUACACAUCCAUAUAUGUACCAAAAUAUGGAAGCUAUUCUGCUUUUUGAUCUCUAAACCAUUAUCAUCAAGGUGUAAAGCAACGAAAAGUGUUGAUCUUUGUUACUAGCCGGCUCUCAUUGUGCAGACAUAUCGACUUGUCCAAACGAAAUAGGAAGGCACUUAGUCGUUACUUUAAGUUCAGAUCUAUUGUUUCAAUGUUUUUGUGUUUUCGUACCCUUCAGCGAGGGAAGAGGGCUGGUCAGGUCAUAUUCUGCUAGUGGAGAAAUAAACAAUCUAAUAAACUCCAACAUACACACUCAGCAAACACUUGUGAGGUUUUUCUUCUGUGUGGUUCAGCGCUGGCAGGUUUAAGGGGGUCGGACACUGAGCGAUGCAGAGGUAGUGAAAACCUCUCUGGGUUGCUCGGCUGCUUCCACACGGGCUAACAACACAGAUGAUAUCAUCCAGAUUAUAUAAACGAGAACCUUUCUGUACUUUUCUGACCCGUAACCUGGCACCGUUUUCUGCUUUAGCUCUCACGUUGGAUCAGGAAGACGUCAUGGAGCUAACAGUUUCUCCUCUCUUUAAAACGUUUGGAGGCUGAUUUCGUGUCGCUCGUCUCGGCCAGUUAAAUGUUGCGUAGUUCAAACGUGAAACUUUUCAGACUAAAAUCGGCUUCCGUCUACGUCAGACUGACUGCAGAGGGGCUUUUCGUGUUUGUUUCCCCUCUUUCGCAAAACUAUGGCUCAACAGCUAAAACAAGUUAGCAUUGUUGGCAGUCGUGGGUUUCUAUUAAACCCGGUGAACGUGUCUGGGUUAUAACUGCAUCACAGGACGUGGCGGACCACACAUACUGACAAGACUCUGUCUUAGAAUCAGCCUAUUUUGAGUCCAUGUGAGAUUUUCUGAUGUUAUUGAAAAUCUCGUUAUUUGUCGAUGGACAUUUAGAGUCUGUGGCACAGUGUGUGUGUCCAGUUUACCACUUCAGAGACACGCGUGCAGGUUUGGCCCAGUGCAGUCGAGCUUUAGGUAAUCACAGCUGUGUAACACUGAACCUUUGCACUAAUGUGAGCGUAACACAAAGUUACUGAACCCAUGGUCAUUAUUAAACCCAUAGUUUCUUUUUUUAGCAAAUUUGUGUAGAGCUGAGUGAAGACCUGAACUUUGCUCUGGGAUCAGAUUGUGUUACUUUGUUUUUAAAUUUUUUAUCCAAAGCAGUAAUUUCAUAAGUGCAUGUUUUUAUGACUAAUUUUUUGAUAAAUAAUGGUCGGUUUUGAAGGUGAAACGGUCGGCCUGAUCAGGGAGGCUCAAAGUGGAGGUUUCAGCUUGUUGCCAUGAGGAGCCUCCACAGAGGGAGUCAUCCACUGUUUUACUUCUGUUCAAAAUCCAGUAUUAAACAAGCUCUUAGAAACCGUCACUGAUCACAACUGGCAUGAAUAUCAAAAUAUGCAAAUGUGGGGAUACAUCUAGAAGACCCCGUCCAAUAAAAACACGAAGAAGCCUCUUCUGUGGAUUUGAGCUCUCCUGCCCUCUCACCUCCGGUCUCGGUUCCUAACCACCAAAACGCUGCCCGUGUUUUACUCUGACAGACCUUUUAUACUUUUAAAGACAAAUUUAAAGUUAUGCUUUUGUAAUUUCUAUGUAGAUCUGAAAACAAAAUGUGAACUGAUGAUUUAUUGGCAGUGUUAAUUUACAUGUGCUGUAGAUUUCAAAUAUUUAGUUUUGUUACAUCCACGCAGAAGAUAACGAUUGAGCCUACAAUGUAGGCCUCGCCCUCGAGCAGAUUACCACCCAGUUUGUCUGUUUUGAGUAACAACGUGUGUUUUAGCUUGAAUCCCUUUGGGAAUAUUGGGUUUACAAGUGGCAAAAAAAAAAAAAGAUUUUCUAAAAAACUCCUCAAUCACACACACACACACACACACACUAAAUUGAAUGAUUGUAAUUUGUCAAUCGAGGAAAAAAGAUGAGGGAACUUUUCAGUCCCUGCUUUUUAUUUAUUAUCUUCUUUUUUGCUAAAGUUUGGAAUCCUGCAGAUGUUUGGUAGCAAGAGCUGCUCUGGAGGCAGAUUUUACCCACCUGGUUGCUUUUGGAGAAAAAUAAACAUCUACUUGAAAGGUUGUGUGAGGACAAUGUGAAGGUCAGCAUCUUUGUUUGAUUCUUCUAAACAUGUCCUUUUCUAUAGAGCUCAGUUUGAGUCUAAUGUGUGGCUCUGGGAUAAUAUUUGCUGUCUCACCAACAGCACUCUUUAUUCCAUGGUUGAGUGAAAAAAUCUCUUUCCAAAUGAAAAUAGCUGUUCCUCUAAAGUAAUUGGACAAAACAUCAUCUGCCUCCACAAGCACCUUGCCAUCUAACAAGUGCUAAUGAAACCGGUAUGUUUUUUAAUGCCCCAUCACAAAUUGGACAUUUCUACUUCUGGACUUUAAAUAUUUCAUAUGUUCCUGUUUGAAGUCAUGUGUGUUUUUUGUUUUUCUUGCCUGCGUUCAGAGUUUUGGUUUCAUGCAGCGAUCUGUGACAUGGGAAGCCUCGGUUUGUCCUGAUGAUGACUUGAGGCAGCCUGUCUGCUCUGCAGGGUCACUGCACUGUGCCCUGCAAGCCUUGAUGUCUUUAUUUUUUUUGUUUUGGGUUUUAUUUUAUUUUUUUCAGCUUUUAUUUCGUCUGUCAUCUAAGUCAGAUCAGUGAAACCUAAGUCCAGAAUAAAGUAUAUUUUGAUAAGA